AUGCCUGUCACAAUAUUAGAUGAUGACCUGGUGCCUGCAACAUUUCAGGAACAAGACUUCCAAAUAGUCUCCAGCCUGCCUGAACGCUACAUGGUGAUUGCAUCUGUUGGAGAAGGCUGUUUUGGGACAGUGGCCAAAUGUGUAAAUCUAAACACAUCUGAGACAACGGCCAUCAAGGUCCUAAAUGACAACGAAGAUCUAAGUAGAGAAUUGACCAUGCUUACAGCCAUCAAGAAACUUGACUCAGAAAAGAAGAAUCUAGAGACAUUCAUGUUUGAAGACCACUCCUUCCUUGCCUUUGAAAUGCUAGAUAGGAGCCUUUGGGACCUUAUAAAGGAGAGAAAAGGAAAGCCAUUUUCCCUGAACAAAAUCCGCCCUGUCGCUCAGCAGCUACUUGUAGCUUUUGAGGCCCUGAGGGGAAUUGGUAUAAUUCACACUGACCUGAAAUCAGACAACAUCAUGCUCGUCGAUCAUCAGGAUCAGCCCUUCAAGGUUAAAUUAAUAGAUUUCGGUUUGGCCAUGCCAGCCUCAGAGACAACAUUAGGAAUGUUGAUGCAGCCUGUGCCUUUCAGAGCUCCAGAGGUGAACUUGGGCCUCCCCAUUUCUGCAGCCGUUGACAUGUGGGGACUAGGAUGCGUUCUAGGGGAUAUGUAUUUUCAAAACUGGCUCUUCCCUGGAGGCUCAACUUACAACACAAUCAAAGCUCUUUGCCAUCUAGUUGGUCAGCCAGGAGACCAUCUCCUUAAUAAUGCGAUGUACACCAGAAAGUAUUUUAACAGGAUACAGGGCAAAAAUGGUCCGACAUGGAGGCUGAAAACGCCAGAAGAGUACAGCGCCGCAACCGGGGAAAUACCUGAGCCUUCAGACACGAUUUUUGAACCUUAUAAAAACCUGAAGAGAGCAGUAGAGGUUUUCUCAUAUGACGAAGACGUUGUUGCGUAUCACGACAGGAUGGCAUUUUCAGACAUUAUACAUUUGCUGCUCAAUCCAGAUGCUGGGUCAAGAUUCACCCCUAAGCAAGCACUUAGGCACCCCUUCAUCACUAUGGUAAACCUCGAGGAGGAAAUAGACUUAAACUCUUACGCAGUGAAUGCCUUUGAGUUGAUGGCUGUCUGCACCCUGGCUGAUACAGCACCAAUAUUUGGCCUUCCACCACCACCUCGCAAGAUUGGUUUACCAAGAGAGCCAUCCAAGAAUUUAGGUGCUGAAAAUGUAAAUACUGAGAGGUCCAGUUAUGACUCCACCCCUCAGCAGCACCACACUGAACCUCCCUGCAACAACAUGUCAGUGGCUGAACCAAGUCAAGUGAGAGAACGUCCUCACAGUGAAGCUGAAGCUGACAAGGAGUCCAUUGACUCAGGGGAUGCAGUCUCCAGCACUGAGAGCUCCAGCAAUGACACGGGCUGUCCCGGACCAAAUCCAUCUGAGACUAUCAGCGUCGAGUUUGAGCCAAUAGACUCCUCCGCUGAUGAGUCAGACAGCCCAGAUAUUGGUGCCGAGGAGCCUCUUCAUGGUAUUGAGGUCCCAACUGGCUUCAGGAGAGAAGACCACACUGCAGUCACCAACAAUGAAGACUCGGGAAGCAUCCCCAGCGAGGAAGACUCAGACGAAUAUGAAAAUGGAUGA